AUGGAAAUUUCAGUUUAUUGCGUUGGGUCUGAAAUUCUAAAACACGAGAUGGACAAAAUCGGGCCUUCUGCUUGGAACUCCUCUUGGUACAAAAGUAUAUCACCAGCACUACAUAACCCUUUAAGAAUUGUUAUUUUGAAGUCCAAUAUGACCAAAGUGUUUACUGCCGGUGGACUGAUUACAAUAAGUUUGCAAACUUUGAUAACAAUGCAAAUAUUUCGAAAAUAUGGCUACCUAGGCGAAACUCACGAAAUAGAAACUGAGGACGGUUACCUAUUGGACGUCCACCGAAUACCACCCAAAACGCCCGAUCCAAAUCUACCGCCGGUACUUCUCAUGCACGGCCUGAUGGGAAGUUCCGAGAACUUCAUACUUCUAGGUCCAAAGAGAAGCCUUGCUUACAUGCUAUCCGAUAAAGGGUACGACAUUUGGAUGCCGAAUUCCCGGGGAAAUUUUCAUUCGAGAAAACAUAGGACCUUGGAUCCAGAUCACAAUAACACCUACUGGAUGUUUAGUUGGCACGAGAUCGGCAAAUACGACCUUCCUGCUUGCAUCGACUACAUACUGGAGAGCACAGGAAAGCCGGACCUGAUAUACGCUGGUCACUCCCAAGGUACCACCGUGUUUUUCGUGAUGGCCUCAGAACGCCCGGAAUACCAAUCGAAGAUCCGUCUGAGCAUGUCAUUGGCGCCCUCUGUCUUCUUAGAGCACACCAAGCACCCAAUUUUAAGGGCGGUCUCCAAGUAUUACAGGUACUGGGAUAGGUUGGUACUUCAAACGAACCAACACGAGUUCAUCCCCUUCGUAUCUAACGACGCAAUAAGGUACAUGUUCAAAUUUUUAUGCUCGAAACCCGGCCGAUUGCAGGAUUUGUGUUCAAACUUGAUGUUUAUGUUGAUCGGAUUUGCUCCUGAGCAGUUAGACAAGAAAAUUAUUCCCCUAGUUACUGCCACAGUUCCUGCAGGGUCAUCUGCUAGACAGGCUUUACAUUAUGCUCAGGAAAUUGUAACAGGAAAAUUUAGACAGUAUGACUUUGGCAAACGCGAAAACCGCAGGAGAUAUAAUACAACGAUACCCCCUGAUUACAACCUAAAUAUUUCAACACCAAUUGGCCUAUUUUAUGCGGAAAAUGACAUGCUCAACGAUGUUAGGGACGUUACGAAAUUAUCCAAGGUUCUCCCGAAUGUUGUGAAAAUGUAUGAAGUUCCCUACAAGCAAUUCACACACUUCGACUUUAUCGUAGCCAAGGACGUCAAAACGCUGGUUUAUAUGGAAGUUUUUGAUCUUAUGAAAAAAUAUAAUUAUAAUUUAGAUAUUAAUACUGAUGAUACCGGUGAUAAUUAUAAUAACGUUAAAAAGUAAUACAUUAAG